AUGGCGAAAAGUUCAGACCGACGUCACAAUUGGUUUCACGGACCGGGACUCGCAUUCAUUCUGUCGCAAAUGGUUCACCGUUUCUCGACCUCAGCACCAGCACUGGACCCUAAUUUGUCCUUCUCGUUUGCGUGCGGUGGCUGGCUCAAAAUGUAUCUUUUCGGCGUAGCGAAAGCCUUGCAAGAGUUCGAGUUGGAGAAGAACGCGCGGCUCAUUGGCUGUUCGGCCGGUGCGCUAACAGCCACUGCAUUGGCGCUGCAUUGCGACUUUGAUGCCAUCCGUGAUCAUGUGCUGAAGAACGUUGUACCUUUGGCACACGCGUCACCGGCUGGAUACUUUCGCGUGCGUCCGUACCUGCGCGAUACUUUGUUGCGCCAUGGUGGACUGAAGCACUUUGAGAAGCUCAAUGCCUCGCAGCAGACUACUAUUGUCUAUACGUCGUUGUCGUCAUUGCAGUCACGCCGUGUGACAACUUUUGAGUCGGCGGAGCAUUUAACGGAAACUUUGCUGGCUUCGUGCUGCGCUCCACCCAUCGCCGGACUGCCAUUUAAGCUCAAUGGUGAGUGGGUCAUGGACGGAGGCAUGCUUGACUUCCAGCCAGUGUUCGACGACAAGACGGUGACUAUCAGUCCGUUCUACUGCGUCGGUGCAGACAUUAAACCGUCAGUGUACGUGCCCAUGUGGUGGGCAUUGUUUCCACCCGGAGUGAGUGAUGUCGAAUGGUUGUUUGACUUGGGAUAUGAAGAUGGAUUGAAGUGGAUCGUAAAGAAUAAUUUGACUGGUGGUCGCAAGAACAUUGUCAUCCCUGAGAAGAGCGUGACAUUUGUUGGCGCAUGGAAUACGACGGUGGGUCGUGUAGUGGGCUACCGUAGCUGCGAGAACCACUUUCUCGAUGCCUUAUUCAUUGGACUCUUUGUGUGCUUCAAGGCUGCGAUCUUUGGAGCCGCGGCCAAGCUGCUAGUCUCGAACAUCAUCAUGGGCGCGCUGGCUGCGGCUUUGGCAACUCUAGGCCUGCAGCACAUGAUGCAGUUCGUAUUGGGUUUGAUUGCGACAGGAUUCUUUUUGGGAGGCAUAGUGUCGCUCGUUGGUGGAUUACAACAAGCAGGCAUCGUGGCCUCCGAGGACUGGCAACGCUUUUGCUCCUAUACUCGCAGCAUCGCAAGUCUUUCGCUUUUCCUGCACAGUAUGCCGGUGUUUGGUCCGAAAGUGCAGAUUAAACGCCACAAGGUUUUGCUGGAGCAUUCGCUGGUGUAUCGCGUUGCAAUGCACUUUGUAUAG